AUGGGAAAGCUCUCUAAGGCCGAGAAGAAGAUCAACUACGAUGCCAAGCUCUGCCGGCUUCUCGACGACUACGCCCAGGUUCUCAUCGUCGCCGCCGAUAACGUCGGCUCCAAUCAGCUCCAGAACAUCCGCCAGGGCUUACGCGGCCACUCCAUCGUUCUCAUGGGGAAGAACACCAUGAUGAAGAGGUCCAUCAAGAUCCAUGCUGAAAAGACCGGUAACAAUGCUAUUCUCAACCUCGUCCCCCUCCUCGGUAAUGUGGGUUUGAUCUUCACCAAGGGGGAUUUGAAGGAAGUGAAAGAAGAGGUUGCCAAGUACAAGUGUUGUAAUAUUUGGUUUAGAGAAAUUUGGAAAUGA